UCACUAUUCUCAGCUUAGAAGAGUAUAAAGCGUUGGAAAGAUACCUUCAAGGAAUUGGUUACGGCUACACAGAGACUUCUCCGCGAUUCAGUUGCUCUCAGAUGUAUGCUACUCUAGCCGUAGUCACUGCCCUCAAUAGCACACAUUUAACAGUCACGUUUUCUACUACUCCUCCCGUUGUGUGGGUCUUGGACUUGACGACCCCAAAUGCGACCGAUAUUUUGGAGGAAAAUCCUGUUGUAGGGGAGGUCCUUGUGUUACACUUCAAAGCAAGCCCAGGCGAUGUAGUUGGAGUGGGUAACACUCAAAAGUUAAUGAUGAAGUUCUUUUCCAACUUUUCUGGCGAACACUUAACCAUCUGUUCUAUGCCUCAAGGGAGUUGUCCAACGGGUCAAUGUAUAAUCAGAGGGGACCCUCAUAUUAAACAAUUCGAAGGGGAUCAGUUCCUUUUCAGUGGGUUCUGCAGAUAUAUACUGUCAGAAACCCUGCCAGGAGCAGCCGAGGAAUUCAACAUAACGGGCACAUUUGUCUAUAAUAAGCCCGGCAGUACUAGGACCAUGAUCCAGGAGGUUUUGAUACAUGUGCGCAAUAUGACCAUUGAGAUGACUACAGAUGGAAUAGUAAAGGUUGACGGUGUUGUUGUUGUCGCAGCAAUCGCACCACAAGACGUGGGACACGGUGUGAUGUUGUAUCUCGACCCAAAAGACUUCCCGAGGACUGUCGUGGACUUGCGUGGUGUUUUGAAAGUUGAACUCACCACCCCUGUUGGCGCAUUAAAACGUAAAGGACAUAGAGCCACCAUCAAUAUUCCAGAAACAUAUGGUGGCUAUCUGAAUGGGUUAUGUGGAAAUCUCAACGGUGAUCCUACCGACGAUAAUAACCCCUGUGAUGGAGGCCCACCUGCAGAUUGCUUUGUAGAUGACGAUAGCUGCGCCUGAAACCGCCC